AUGACUCAAUCGUCGUAUCUCUUCUCGGGAAAAGUCAGUGAGCACGCCCCCAUGGUGGUGGGCGGAAAGGGCAACAUCCUCACAGUUGAGGAUCCAGCUACCCACAAGCGCAGAGAAGUGUUUGAUGCCAUGGGCGGCGCUGCUGUGGCUGCUUUAGGACAUGGUGACGAGGAAAUUGUUGCUGAAAUGGCGGCAGCUGCAAAAGAGUGCUCGUACUCUUACUUGGGGUACAUGACCAAUUAUUGGGCCGAAGAGUUGGCCAAGUUCUACAUUGAUAAGUCGCCCAAGGGUGCUUUUGCAGCAGCCCUUUUUACCUGUUCAGGUUCUGAGUCGAACGAAAAUGGCAUGAAGACUGUUUGUCAAUAUUGGCUCGAGAGAGGUAAGCCAGAGAAGACUGUGUACAUCUCGAGGAAGCAGUCAUACCAUGGAUUCACCAUUGGCGCCCUCUCAUUGAGUGAGUCAAUUCGUAAGGAUAGCUACAGGGCCGUCACGUUGCCAGCAGAACAAACACCAAAGGUGUCGUGUGUGUAUCCCUACAGGGAGAUGAAAGAAGGAGAAACCUUGGACGACUAUUGCCAGCGGCUUUUGAAAGAGCUUGAAGACAAGAUCUUGGAAGUUGGACCUGAGAAGGUUGGCGCCUUCUUAUGUGAAACACUUACAGGCUCAACAUACGGCACGUCUCCAUCAAUUCCGGGAUACUUGCAAGGCGUUCGUAAAAUCUGUGACAAGUAUGAUAUUCUUAUGUGGCUCGACGAAGUUAUGUGUGGAACGGGACGUGCCAGUGCUACUGGAGGGCUUAACUGCUGGGAAUCAUGGCCAGAUUUUGAUGGCCCUGAUUUACAACUGAUUGGCAAGACUUUAGGAAGUGGCUUUGUAUCCAUCGCUGGCCUCUUGGUGUCGCCCAAGGUCAGACAGGCAUUUGUGGAAGGUUCGAACUACAUUCCUGGCGGCCAAACCUAUCACCAGCACGCAUUUAACUGCCGUGUUGCAUUGGCAGUACAGAAAAAAAUUGACAGAUUGGGUCUUAGGAAGAAUAUUUACGAAAACGGUAACAAGAUGGGUGAGAGGCUCAAAGAGUUGGCUGAAUCGACUGAGAUUGUUGGCGACGUCAGAGGUCUUGGAGGCUUCUGGUCACUUGAACUUGUCAAGAACAAGCAAACAAAGGAACCCUUCCCUUCAAAAUUGGGUGUGGGUGCCAAAACCACGGUGAAGCUCUUUGCCAACGGGAUGACAAGUAUGGGUCUUGGAGGAACCGCCGGUAACGGUCUCGGAGACCACAUCACGGUGGCGCCUUCGUACAUUAUCACAGAAGAGGAUGCCAACCACAUCGCUGAGAUGCUAAUUCAGGCCGUGAAGGAAAUGGAGAACGAUUUGCGUACUGCUGGAGAGCUCUAA